AUGCCGCUGCUACUCUGCGCCGUUGUCUGCGUGUCGGCGUGGUCGAGGCCUUUCUAUCCGGUGCACCGAGUGCCUGGGGCUGUGAGAGUGACCAGAUUUGCCCCACCUCCCCACCCACCUCCACGCCAUCACAGAAUUCCGUCACCCAUCCGGCAAGAGGAGCCCCAAUGGCGGCGACCGAAGCGGGACUACGGAGACCACGACCACGACCACGACUACGACCAUCGCGGGACCAGCGGCGUCACCGGCCCGGUCCACACGUUCGUGAAGACCGACAAGAACGCAAACUACAAGUGGGGCGUCCGCCACCACGUGGGAAACAAGUACGCGUCC